AUGGGCUCGGACAACAGCAAGCCAAAGCCGCAGACCCGCGCGCCCGCACCGCGUUCGCCGGCCUUCCAGCGCAUUCCGGACCAGUACGAGACCUACGAGCAACUCCAGCAUGCGCUGCGGGCGUCUGGCCUCGAAUCCUCCAACUUGAUUCUCGCCAUCGACUACACCAAGUCCAACACGUGGACGGGCCAGCAGUCGUUCCAGGGCAAGUGCUUGCACGACAUUGACCAAACCGGCCAGACGUGGAACCCGUACCAGUCGGUGAUCCACAUCAUGGGCAAGACGCUCGAAGCGUUCGACGACGACAAGCUCAUUCCGGCCUUUGGCUUUGGCGACGCCACGACGGGCAGCCGUGCUUGCUUUCCGUUUGUCCCAAACGGCGAAGUGCUCACGGGGUUUGCCCAAGUGCUCGAGCGCUACAACCAGAUCACGCCGGCGAUGGCGCUCUCGGGCCCAACCAACUUUGCGCCCGUCAUCAACGAAGCCAUUCGUAUCGUACAGGCGCAUCGGUCGUACCACAUCCUCGUGAUCAUUGCUGACGGCCAAGUCACCAACGAGAAGGAAACCAUCGACGCAAUUGUUGCCGCCUCCAACUUUCCGCUGUCGAUCGUCAUGGUCGGUGUCGGCGAUGGCCCGUGGGAGAUGAUGCAGCGCUUCGACGACCAGAUUCCGACGCGCAAGUUUGACAACUUUCAAUUUGUCGAGUACAACAAAACGCUGCGGCACAACCCGCGCAACCCGGAAGUGGGCUUUGCCACGUCGGCCCUCAUGGAAAUCCCAGAUCAGUACAAGACCUUGCGUCGCCUCGGCAUGCUCUAA